AUGACACCCACUCUGGAUGUAGAGCGAGGAUCCUUGAAAUCUGUCCAGCCAGAAGACAUGGGGAGCGAUGAUCUGCAUCAGGAAGCUACCAGCGACUCGAGCGGGGAGCAACAUUACGCUACCCCACAAGAAGAAUCACACACGCAACACACUCGACAAGAAUCCGUAAUAGAGCAGAGCAACGGCAUUCCAGGGCACGAGGAUAAUGAAGAUAAUGAUGACCAACUCGAAAGAAUACGAGUGGAUGCAGAGAGUGAUCCACCACCCAGAUCCACCGAACUAGGCCACGGCAGCAAUCGCCAAAUACGACAAAGCCUGGCACAAAAGCACUUCCAUCGACUCUCGGUUAGCUUGUCUUUGCAACCUAGUCGCCCCAGUCAAGAGAUGGAUUCGAUCAUAAUGAGCGAGUUGGAAGAUGAGGCAGAAGCACCCCCACCAAAGGACUAUUGCUGUUCCUUGUUCCCAUUAGCAUGGCAAGAUUUGCGGCAAGGCAAUGUCUUUUCUCCCUACGAUGGAGGGCAUGUUCUGGACUAUGGUCAUGAAAUUAUUGCGCUCUCGACCGUGUUUCUCGCCAUUAAGCUGGGCUUCCAAGGCGUGGUCGAUUUUUCCACGGACCGAGAGCCCUUGCUGGUAGCUGGCCUCUGUUUCUUUCACAUUAUGGUAUACUGGAUCAAUGUCCUGCAUUUUCUCAAGUACACGGACAUGAAGAAUUUCUCUAUCCUUCAAUUCUGGCUCUUGGCGCUGUUCUGUUUGGGAAUCACCUACUAUCCGGUCAGCUUGGAUGCUUGGCUUGAAGGAGACGAACGGAGAGGGGAACGACGAAACCCAAACACCAAAGCCAGCGAUCCAACGCAAGAGGAAGAGACAGAAGAAGAAGCACUAUCGCCCCAAAAACCAGAGCAACAAUCUUGGAAGGAGUUUCUGCACGAGGCCUACCUCGACGCCAAAUCUCCCCAAGCAUUUUCCUCCUUUGAAGCGGGACGAUUCGUCAACUUUUUCAAUUCCAUGACUUCGCUUGCCGUCACCUUUUUGGUCUUUAGAUUCAGUUGGAGACAAGCCACAGAAGCUGAUGAAGACCCAAGGCCCCUGCUGCUGUCCAUCUACUGCUACCUUCAUGUCAUGGUGAUAUUUGUCAAUUUGCGACAUUUCAUGAAGUUUUCACCCGAUAACUUCAAUUUGGCGCAGGUAUGGUGCGUGAGCUUUAUGGUGCUGUUCCUGACGUACUAUCCACUGAGUUUGGAGUACUGGGUGGAACACGACGAUCCCUCCUUCUACUUUGUGGUCAGUAUUGCCGUCUCCAUGUUGAUAGUCCUAUUGAACUACUUCACUCCGGUCGAUGAGAACGAAGCCAACUAUCUUUAUCUCUGGUACCACCGCUACAUGGGCGUGGUCGCGGCAUGUUGGUUUGCUCGCGCGUUUCUGUUGAGCGAGCUCGGAGUUUCCGGGGCCCAGUGGAUGGUAUAUUUUGGAAGCUUCCUGGCCAUGAUUCCGCUGGGGGGGGACAAAACGCAAGGCAGAGCCAGAGGCAGAACGGACAGGGAACAGUCUAGAUUGAUACCAAGAGGUUGCAUAACACGUUGCUAG